AUGCUCACUGGCAAGUUCGUCCCCCUCCUCGCCACGGUGCUGGCCUCGCUGAGCCUCACCUCGUCGGCUCCCACGGCGGCCGACAAGCGGCAGAUCUCACUCCCCGACAGCAUCAUCCCCAAGCUCGGCAACCUCACUGACCCCAUCGCCAACAACGCGCCCGACGGCAUCAUCCUCCAGCCCCCGACGCCGGCCAUCGACACCAAAGAGCCGUUCCCCAAGAGCGACAUCAAGCCCAAGAAGCUCGGCUACUUCUGGACGGGCUCCGAGGACCGCAAGCACAAGGACUUCCUCGCCGCCGUCUCGCUCGACGACGACACCUUUGGCACCUUUGUCGACAUUGCCGAGGUGCCCACGUCGGGCAACGAGCCCCACCAUGUCGGCGCCUCGGCCGACGGCAAGACCAUCGUCGGUGGCGGCCUCCUCUCGCUCCUCAAGACGCAGGACACCGCCUUCUACUUUGACGUCACCGACCCGUACCGUCCCCAGUUUAAGAAGAGCAACCGUGCAGCGCUCGCCUCGAUCACCGAUGAGAUCCGUGCCAAGCCCGACGGUGGCUUCUUUAUCACCUACAUGGGAAGCGCCGCCGGCACCUCGCCCGGCCGCCUCAUCGAGACCAACGCCGACAACGACAUCAUCGGCCAGUGGCCCGAGUCGCUCGACAACCUCAAUGCUCUCUCACAGCAGUUCUCGCCCCACGGCCUCUCGAUUGACUGGCAGAACAACCUCAUCCUGACGAGCGACUACGUCGUGCCCCUGUCGGUGCUCAAGCCAUCGACGGGCAUCCAGCGCGCCAACACACUGCGCCUCUGGAACCUCAAGGACCGCUCCAUCCUGUCGACGAUCACCAUCCCCCACGGUGGCGGUAUUCAGGACGUCAAAUUCAUUCCCGGCAACGAGGAGGGCGCCGCCAUCGCCACGGCCGUCCACCUGGGCCAGGUCUGGAUCAUCUACCCGCGCCGCAAGGACGCUACCACGGGCCAGCAGGGCACUGCCGAGCUCCUCUACGACCUCGGGCCCAAGGCGCGCGACACGACGGCCAUCUACACGACCUUUUCCCGCGACGGCCGCUACCUCUACGGGACCAUCACGACGGGCAACCACAUCUUUGCCCUCGACCUCAAGGACCUCAAGAACAUCAAGCGGCUCGACGACCCCGACGAGAACCAAAACUCGCAGGGCGUGCCCGUCAUUGGGCCCCACUUCCUCUCGCUCUCGCCCGACGAGAAGCAUCUGAUCGUGACCGACUACUUUGUGCGCACGGGCGACUUUGGCAUCCUCAACACGCCGGGCAACUACUUUGCCCACGUGAUCGACGUCGACCAGGACGAUGGCUCACUCCACUUCAACCGGACGAUCGACUUUGUCAAGCCCUUCUCUGAGCGCGGCGGCUCUCGGCCCCACUCGAGCGUCAUCUACGACUUUAGCGGUCCUGAGCCUCGUGCCCUCUCCUUUCCUGUUAUAAGCCACCGUGCAAGCCUGAUCUUUUCGAAUUCAAUCACCCCUUUUCGCACCACCCUGACCAUGAAGACUUUUUCUCUCCUUCUCCUGGCCGGCGCGGCCGCAGCGGCACCGUUCUCGCUCCCCGAUGGCUUCCCCAACCCGUCGCCCUCGCAGCUCAUGAAGAUUCAGUCCGAGGCCGGCGGCACGCUGCCCAACACGGCGCUGCCCACGAAGCUGCCUGCAGAUGCGAUCCAGAGCCUCCAGGUGAUUGCCGUCAACGAAAUCUUUGAGACGGCCUACUUUAGCUCGCUGCUCGACAACGUCACCAACGGCGUCAGCGGCUACACCGACUUUGGGGGCCUGGACAAGGCCUACGUCGUCAAGUCGCUCAAGGCCAUCCGUGCCCAGGAAGAGAUCCACGCCAUUGGUGCCAACGCCAUUCUGGCCAGUGCUGGCGGCAAGACGAUUGGACCGUGCAACUACAUGUUCCCCGUCUCGGACUUCAAGAGCGCCAUUGCCCUGGCCGCCACCUUUACCGACCUCGUCCUCGGCACGCUCCAGGGCGUUCAGAAGACGUUUGCCCUCGACGGCGGACAGGCCGCCAACGGUCUCGUGAGCCUCGUGGGCUCGAUCAUCGGCCAGGAGGGCGAGCAGGACGGCGCCUACCGCCUCAUCCAGAGGAAGACGCCCUCUGCGUCGCCCUUCCUGACCGCCGCUGCCGGUCCGUUUGCCUUUAACGGCGUCAACCAGAUGUUCAUCGUGCCUGGCUCGUGCAAGCCAUCGAGCAACGUGUCGUCGAUCCACAUUCCCUCGUUUGACACGCUGAAGCUGGACGCCAGCAACGCCAUGCCCGAGGCCAAGAGCGUCGGUGCACUCAAGUUCGACACCUCGUACGGCAAGGUCUCGAGCUCGUCCAACCACCUGGCCUACAUCAGCGGCCAGAACAAGCCCGUGGUGGUGCCGAUCAAGUCUGUGCACAGCAACGGCAAGAACUCGGCCACCUUUACGGCCUCGUUCCCCUACGACAAGGGCUUCUCCCACGGCCUCACCGUCGCUGCGCUCGUCGACAACGCGGGCCCCUUUGCCGACGCGGCCGCCGUCGCCAAGUGCACCGUCGCCGGUCCUGGUCUGAUUGAGAUUGACUAG